AUGAUAGACUCCUUCUCGUUAAGACAAUUCGUAACUGCAAUUGGUAAAGUUUCUGAUUUCGAAUUGGACUCCAAAAAAUCAGAGCAAACUUCUUUGUUAUUUAAACUAAUUGAUACCAAUAAUCAACUCCUUGAGGAAAUCAAUCAAUUACAAAGUCAGGAUCAUAUAACCCAUGAUAUGCAAGAGGAUUUAGAUUUAUAUCGAGAGACUAUAUUGGAAAAUAAGCAAGUAUUAUUGGAUCAAAUUGCGAGGAUACAGGCUAUAAAUGAUGAACUUGUCACUCGGGGGAUAAUGAAUCGAGAUUCUAAAUUGAGGGAAGAACAGAAAUUGCUUGAUGAUAUUGCUGAAAAGGAUGCUGAGAAUAAAGCUAGGCAAGGGGAGCAAGAGGAAGAAGGUGUUUACUUAUAA